AUGUUCGACUACACAGACUUUCAGCAGGUCUUCCCUGCUGGCAGUGCGCUGCCUUACGAUCGCGAGCUCCUGAGCGAGAUUGAAGGAUCGCGCAAAGCUUUCGAUGGGCUACUCUUCAUCGACCGCGUGAUCAAGGCGCUCGGAUUCUCCAAGGGCAAAUCUUACCCGCCCAAGACAGACAAUGCGCUCCGCCAGCUUCACCAUCAGAUCUGCGAAGCCUCCAUGGCGCUGCACUACAAGCUCUCCCUUCUCUACUACAUUCUCCUCGAUUUCGACAAAACAAGUACGCGCGCCGUCGUCUCGGAAGACUUUGCGAACAACUCUGGUCUGCCCAAGAGCUACCAGAUCCUGAUGAAAGGCCUGUGGCAGCUGGACCAGCAGGAGUUUGAGGAUGCGCUGGAAUACAUUGCAUAUCCGUCCCUGAUCCCCGAUUUCGCCGACGACAUCAUCACCGCCCUCGUUCGCAACGGCGAAGAACAGCUUGCAUUGUCGUACUACUACACCGUGCAGCCGAUCUUGAGCACGUCGACGGCACUGGAGCUGCUGUUCGAAGCAAUGGCUCGCAACGACGCCACCGAGGCACUCUUCUUCUCGCGUACCCAACCCGAGUACAUCCGGGAGACACUUUUCCAGCGCCUCAUCUCGCUAGCUCUCGGCGACAACCAGAACGCCGGGGUGGAAGAUGCUGCGUUUCUGCCAUUCACGGCAGAGGAAGAGGCGUGGUUUGAAGAAUACUUGCGGCACGGAGACGGCAAGAAUAUCAAAAAGUCAAAGGACACACUCCUUGUGCGCAAGAUUGCAGACAACAGAUUUGAUGAGAUCAAGGAAAUGCGAGGCAACUCGGGGUCCUGGGGACCAAUCUUUGAGGGGAUUCGGCAGGGAACAGAUGGCCAGUAA